CCAUGGCUGAUGCUAUCUCGGAAUGCAACAUCAAGGUGUUAUGUCGUUUUCGUCCUCUGAAUCAAUCUGAAAUCGUCCGCGGGGACAAAUUCAUCCCGAAAUUCCAAGGAGAUGACACCGUGAUGAUUGCUGGCAAGUCGUAUGUCUUCGACCGCAUCUUCCCCACCAACACCACCCAGGAGCAGGUCUACAACUCCUCCGCCAAGCAGAUUGUGAAAGAUGUGCUCAGUGGCUACAAUGGCACCAUCUUCGCUUAUGGCCAGACCUCCUCUGGAAAGACCCACACCAUGGAGGGUAAACUGCAUGACCCCCAAAACAUGGGCAUCAUUCCGAGGAUCGCUGAGGACAUCUUCAACCAUAUCUUCGCCAUGGAUGAAAACCUGGAGUUCGUCAUCAAGGUCUCCUACUUUGAAAUCUACAUGGACAAAAUCCGUGAUCUGCUGGAUGUGACUAAGACCAACCUGUCUGUGCACGAGGACAAGAACAGGGUCCCUUACGUCAAGGGCUGCACCGAGCGCUUCGUGUCCAGCCCAGAGGAGGUGAUGGAUGUCAUCGAUGAGGGCAAGAACAAUCGCCACGUGGCUGUCACCAACAUGAAUGAGCACAGCUCCCGCUCCCACAGCAUCUUCCUGAUCAACAUCAAGCAGGAGCACGUGGAGACGGAGCAGAAGCUGUGUGGCAAACUCUACCUGGUGGAUCUGGCCGGCAGCGAGAAGGUCAGCAAGACUGGCGCGGAAGGAUCUGUCCUGGAUGAAGCUAAAAACAUCAACAAAUCUCUGUCUGCUCUCGGCAACGUGAUCUCUGCCCUGGCUGAGGGUUCGAAGACCCACGUGCCGUACCGUGACAGCAAGAUGACGCGUAUCCUGCAGGACUCCCUGGGGGGUAACUGCCGCACCACCAUGUUCAUCUGCUGCUCCCCUUCCAGCUACAACGACGCCGAGACCAAGUCUACACUCAUGUUCGGACAACGUGCGAAGACCAUCAGGAACACGGCGUCCGUCAACCUGGAGCUGACCGCGGAGCAGUGGAAGAAGAAGUACGAAAAGGAGAAGGAGAAGAACAAGACCCUGAGGGACACCGUCCAGAAGCUGGAGGCCGAGCUCAACCGCUGGCGCAACGGCGAGGACGUGCCUGAGACGGAGCAGCUGACCCCGGGCACGGUGCGCCUGGAGCCCAUUGAGGAGCCGCCAUCGCCCGUGGUGCUGCUGGACAACAGCAACUCCUCCAUCGUGGUGCGCAUCUCCGAGGAGGAGCGCCAGAAGUACGAGGAGGAGAUCCGCAAGCUCUACAAGCAGCUGGACGACAAGGAUGACGAGAUUAACCAGCAGAGCCAGAUGGUGGAGAAACUGAAGGAGCAGAUGCUGGAUCAGGAGGAGCUGUUGGCGUCGACGCGCGGGGACAGUGAGAAGGUGGCGAGUGAGCUGGGCCGGCUGCAGAUGGAGAGCGACGGGGCCAAGGCAGAGGUGAAGGAGGUGCUGCAGGCCCUGGAGGAGCUGGCCGUCAACUACGACCAGAAGAGCCAGCAGGUGGAGGACAAGACCCUGCAGAACAAGCUGCUGGCCGAGGAGCUCUCCCAGAAGAUGGCGCACCUGAUCUCCAUCGAGGCGGAGCUGUCCCGUAUGCAGGAAGUGAGCGGACAGCAGAGGAAGCGCAUCGCGGAGGUGCUCAACGGCCUCAUGAGGGACCUGAGCGAGUUCAGCGUCAUCGUCGGCAACGGAGACAUCAAGCUUCCUCUGGAGCUGAGCGGUGCGCUGGAGGAGGAGUUCACGGUGGCGCGUCUCUACAUCAACAAGAUCAAGUCGGAGGUGAAGAGCAUGGUGAAGAGGUGCCGGCAGCUGGAGAACCUGCAGCUGGAGUGCCACCGCAAGAUGGAGGAGACCGGCCGGGAGCUCUCCUCCUGCCAGCUCCUCAUCUCGCAGCAUGAGGCGAAGAUCCGCUCUCUGACGGAGUACAUGCAGAACGUGGAGCUGAAGAAGAGGCAGCUGGAGGACAACUACGACUCCCUCAGCGAGGAGCUCUCACGCCUGCAGGCCACGGAAACCAUGGUGGGCGUGGCCAAGAAGGACAACCUGAUGGACGUCGACGAGUCUGGUGAUGUCAAGCGGGUGCUGGAGCAGCAGAUGGAGUCUCGGCGCGAGUCGCACCACAAGCAGCUGGGCCGCCUGAGGGACGAGAUCAACCAGAAGCAGAAGAUCAUCGACGACCUCUCCGACCGCAACCAGAAGCUGCAGCUGGAGCUGGAGCAGCUGCGGGCUGACUUUGACCGGCUGAAGAACCAGGAGCAGCACAAGAGCGUGCAGCUGGAGGAGUUAACGUUUCUGCAUGAGCGCCACGAGCAGUCUAGGCAGGACCUCAAGGGUCUGGAGGAGACUGUCGCCCGCGAACUCCAGACCCUCCACAACCUUAGGAAGCUGUUUGUUCAAGACCUCACGACGCGGGUUAAACGAAGCUCCGAAAUGGAGCCUGAUGAUAGUGGGGGGUCUUCCACCCAGAAACAGAAGAUUUCCUUUCUUGAAAACAACCUGGACCAGCUUACAAAAGUUCACAAACAGCUGGUACGUGACAAUGCAGAUCUGCGCUGUGAGCUUCCUAAACUGGAGAAACGUCUUCGGUCUACGGCUGAGCGAGUUAAGGCCCUGGAGGGUGCACUAAAGGAGGCCAAGGAGAGCGCCAUGAAGGACCGCCGCCGCUACCAGCAGGAAGUGGAGCGCAUCAAGGACGUCAUGAGGGCGCGCAACCCCCUCAGGCGACCCCACGCCGCCCAGAUCGCCAAGCCAGUGCGUCCAGGCCACUUCACCACCGCCUCGUCCCCCACCAACCCCCCGGUGGUGCGCAACAGCGAACACCUGAUCACCUUCAGCAACGCCAUGUUCCAGCAGAACGGACCCCAGCCCACCAGCCAGCCCAGCACCCAGCCCCAGUUCAGCUCUGGCACCGGAACCGGCACCGGCACCGGCACCGGCACUAACACCGACACUGACACCGACAGCAGCACACAGAAGAUCACUGCACCAGUAGAUGUGACCAACUCCACAGUCAACGCCACCACAGAGACAUCGGACUCCCAUCAGCAAAAUGUGGCCAACGGAAAUGCCACAGACAUCAACGACAACAGUGUGUGUCUGAGUGUGUCCUCUGUGUCCAGAGCCGACAACCACUACGGCCAGCACACGGACGACCCCAACAACCUGUACAUCAUGCAGCAGCGCCCCACCGCUGCCAGCUAAUAGCUCAGAGCAGAUGACCAGCCCUUCCGGGGGUCUCCUGUGUAUAUCAUAUCAGCAUGCUGCCUAUCAGUUUCUCAUAAAUACCGACUCCCCC